CUUCUUCUUCUUCUUCUUCUUCUUCCUCUCUAGUCUUUUCUCACUCUCCAGUCUCACUCACUCCCUCCCUCCAUUUCAGGAAACCCCCCAAACACUUCAUUUUACUCCCAAUAAUAUAGCCUCUAGCUUAUCACCACCCCUCAAUGGGCUGCACGGCGUCCAAGCUCGACAACGAGGACACCGUGCGCCGCUGCAAGGAGCGCCGCCGUUUCAUGAAAGACGCCGUCUACGCCCGCCACCACCUCGCCGCAGCCCACGCCGACUACUGCCGCUCCCUCCGCCUCACCGGCUCCGCCCUCGUCUCCUUCGCCUCCUUCGAGCCCCUCUCCAUCUCCGACCAGACCCCCGCCGUCUUCCUCCACUCCACUACUCAUCCCCCUCGUCCCCUCCAAACCCACCCCCUCCCUCCACGUGUCCCUCCCUCCCCGGCCCCCUCCUCUCUCCACCCUCCUCCGCCCCCUCCUCCGCUCUCCCCCACCAUCGCCAGCUCCAAGCUCCCCCACAUCCUCUCCGACUCCGACCUCUCCUCCUCCCGCCACCACCGCCCUCGCCGGAGACAGCCCCCGCCGCCGGGGCCCAAGCUCCCCCACAUCCUCUCCGACACCAGCCCCUCCUCCUCUCCCCGGAGCCACAAGUCCAACUUCACCGCCGGAGGCUUCCCAACGGCUUUUCAGGCGAACUCGACCUACUCCAGCACGCCGUCGCAGGCCUCCUCCAUGUGGAACUGGGAGAAUUUCUACCCUCCUUCACCUCCAGACUCCGAAUUCUUCGACCAGAAAAACCAACACUCUUCCAAACAGUCCCACCACCUCUCCGACGAUGGUUCCGACUCCGAACCCGACCCGGAGGCCGAAACCGAGAGAUCCGAAUACAACUACUUCCACAACGUCCCCAAAUCCCAAACCCCCGCCGUCGCCAAAAACCGCCCCUACUCUCAGUCCGAGAACUACGCCGCCUCAGAGAGAUCAGAAUACGACUUCUUCCUCCACAAAGCUCCGCCCAAGGCUCAGUCGGAGAAGUACGCGCCGUCGGAGAGGGAAGAGGUGCAGUGCAGCGAGUGGGAGGAUCACGAUCACUACAGCACGACCAGCUCGUCGGAGAACGGAGAGGACGACGAUCGGGACUCGAGAUCCGAGAUGGGGACCCGGUCCAACUUCGACGCGUCGGUUCGGGCCGAGUCCGUGGCGGCGCCGGCACAGGCGAUGCCGAAGUACGCGCCGAGCAUGAGGUCGGAGGGGUCGGAGGGGAGUACUUACCGGAGCAGUGAAAUCUCGAAUAUGAAAAUGGUGGUGAGGCAUAAGGACUUGAAGGAGAUUGUUGAGGCUAUAAAGGAGAAUUUCGAUAAGGCAGCGGCGGCCGGCGACCAGGUCUCCGAGAUGCUCGAGUCCAACCGCGCCCAGCUUAAUCGGAGCUUCCGGCAGCUCAAGAAGACAGUGUAUCACUCAAGUAGUAUGCUGAGCACAUUGAGCUCGACUUGGUCGUCGAAGCCGCCGCUCUCGGUGAAGUACCGCCUCGACGCGGCGGUGCUGAAUGAGCCGGGCGGUCCGAAGAGCCUCUGCUCCACCUUCGAGCGGCUUUUGGCUUGGGAGAAGAAGCUCUAUGAGGAAGUCAAGGCUAGAGAAAGUGUCAAGAUUGAACAUGAGAAGAAGUUGGCAUCACUACAAAAUCAGGAGUACAAGGGAGAGGACGAAAUCAAGCUAGACAAGACCAAGGCUGCAAUAAAGAGGCUGCAAUCACUCAUUAUUGUCACUUCUCAGGCCGUCUCAACCACCUCAACUGCCAUCACUGAUCUUAGAGACUCUGAUCUUGUUCCUCAGCUUGUUGAGCUGUGCCAUGGAUUUAUGUACAUGUGGAGAGCAAUGCACCAGUACCAUGAAGUCCAGAACAACAUCGUACAGCAAGUUAGGGGACUUGUGAACCAGUCAUCCAAGGGUGACGCCACCUCAGAACUGCACCGGCAGGCAACUCGUGACCUGGAAUCAGCUGUUUCUGCCUGGCACUCCAGCUUUUGCCGCUUAAUAAAGUUCAAGCGAGACUUUAUCCAGUCUGUUCAUGGUUGGUUCAAGCUCAGCCUUCUUCCUGUUAACAAUGACACCUUCACUGGAAACAACGAGCCUUCUGCUGAAGUAUAUUUCUUCUGUGAUGAAUGGAAGCUUGCACUUGAACGUGUCCCUGAUACAGUGGCUUCAGAGGCUAUCAAGAGCUUUAUCAAUGUUGUCCACGUAAUCUCCAUAAAACAAAGUGAGGAGCUGAAGAUAAAAAAACGAACUGAAACUGCAUCAAAAGAACUUGAGAAGAAGGCUUCUUCUCUCCGCAACAUUGAAAAGAAGUUCUAUAAUUCAUACUCCAUGGUUGGUAUUGGACUUCCUGAUUCAGGGACUGAUAACGGGCACGAUCUGGGUCUGGAUGCUCGUGAUCCACUCGCUGAAAAGAAAUCCGAACUUGCAACCUCCCAGAGGCGGGUUGAAGAAGAAUUGAAUAAGCAUUCAAAGGCAGUGGAGGUGACUAGAGCAAUGACUCUAAACAACCUUCAAACAGGGUUGCCAGGGGUCUUUCAAGCACUGACCAGUUUUUCUGGGUUAUUUACUGAGGCACUUGAUUCGGUUUGUACUCGUUCCUACUCCAUCAACUAGAUGUAAAAUGAAUCAUAGUUUUGGUGCCUGUGGUUUUGUGGGUAAGGUGGAAGUUAAAUUAUAGAGCUGGGAUUUUUUUUUGGCCGGGGGCUCAUAUUGUUACUAGUAUUCUUUUUUU